UUGUUGAACAGAGCGCGAGCGAAUAAGACACACGCGGCUGAAAAAAGUGCACAAAAUAGCUGAAUAACUGAGAAAGGCGGAGAGAGUGAAAACUGUAAGCAGCUAAUAAAAAUACAGAAAAGUGCAAAAAUCAAACAAAAUUAAUUCAACCAAUUGCAGUGCAAUGUAUUUUUAUUGUUUAUUGAUUCUCCCCUUUUAAUGUGUUUAACUCGUGAUCGACCCUUUACAUUAUACAACCGCAUGCAACAUGAACGACUGGCAGUGUGAACAUCACCCACAUUGCGAAUAUAUAACAGCUAAUGCAAACUUUAAGAUACAUUUAUGAGUGCUAAUCAAAGUGUAAAGUGAGCUAACCUGCAUAGUGUGAGCAAUGAUAAAGAUGUGAAGUGAAGUAUUGUACUGUAAAAAGAAAAACCAGGAAGUAUUACACCAGCUUGCCCCAGUUUGAAUUUACCACCUUUAGUAUAAAAGCCGAACAAUGAAUGCCAGUGAGGACUAUUUAUCGAUGGAUCCGUCAGAGGAGAUAUCGCAGGUGUUAGAUCGGCAGGAAAAUAACACAAUUAUCAUGCGAACACACCCCACUGUGAAAGAGUAUUAUGAAAACAUGACUGCCUUCCUCAGCCUGGCCAUCUUCAUAGCCAGUCUGCUGACCAUCCUCAACAUCUGCAUCUUCUCGACGACAGUUUCCCGGCUGCGUCGUCACCUGAACAAGGCGCUGCUGAGGCCCUCGAUUAUAAUGGUCGGUCUGUAUCCGAUUAUCUCGGUGGCUGCUUUGGUCACCAUUUUGGUGCCCUACUCCUGGUUCAUCUGCCACACGGUGAUGCACGUGAUGUUCAUGGUGGGCGGACCCGUGUUCCGUACCCUCCUCUUCCGUUACGUUAACUCGGAGCAGAAUUACGUGAAGGAGACGGGCGGGGAGGCGGUGCAACUUAAUACCCCACCCUGUUGUUGCUGCUGCGUCUGCCUGCCAAUGGUAAUUCCCACAAAGGCCAAGCUCUGCAUCUCCAGAUAUAUGGUCUGGCAAAUGCCCUUCUGGCAGGGAUCCAUCAUGCUGGUCAUGAACAUCCUGUACUACCGCGACAUUCAGCUGUACCACCAGGUCAUGUACUUCUUCAUCCCCUUCAUCGUCUGCUCGAUUGUCCUGGGCGCUUGGUCCCUUCAAAUCACGGUGCGAAUGAUCACAAAGCUUCGUGGGGACUAUCAGCUAAGGAAGAAAAUGUUUUGCCUCCAGUUGGUGGUAAUGCUUUGCAAACUACAGUACCUGGUUUUGUACGAUCAGCUAGAUGGUAUCAAAAUGGGCGGGGAGUAUCCCAUCAAUCACACCAUUUACAAGCAAACUAUCAUCAACAUCCUGAUCUUGGUAGAAAUGGUUCUGGUGUCCAUGAUGGUUCAGAGUGCAUAUCGUACGCCUAUUCAAGUUCAAAUCGAUGAAGUCAAUAAGGAAAAGGAAGUCACACGCAUUUGAGUGAUUUUCCAACUGUUGGAGAGCUAGUAGAAACGCUAGAAAGAAUUGUGAUAAAUUUAAUAAAGAAAUGUUAGUUAAAUUUA